UUCGGCGGGGAGUCUCCGGGCAGGACCAUCAGGGCCAGAACAGUCGAGGCAGGCUCUCAGCAUCCUCAGCCCCCCGGGACCUUUGUCGUGUACAGUCCCGAGUCAAGGCGGCCCUUGUCGGGGGGAAGGGGCCUCAGUUCUGGGGCCGGUCAGCACCCUGGGAAGGUGCCAGGCCACAGAUGUGCCCUCUGUGUGGCGGGGUAUCCCGUCCCCCAGCCUGGAACUAGUGCAUCCCGCCCGGGGCCCGGGAACCCCGCGGUGCACAGUUCAGAAAGCAGUUCGUGCUCAGGAUCGACUUACUUGCACUCUGAAGACUUGAAUGUGGACCAACACCGGGGCAUUCUGAAAGUCAGCCCCUACUUGAUGAGAUCUCCCAGUUCAGAGAAAAAGGCCCAGCACUGGGAUGAAAUGAACAUCCGGGCCACCUACCACCCUGCUGACAAGGACUAUGGCUUCAUGAAGGUGGACGAGCCCAGCACUCCCUAUCGCAGGGAAGACAGCGAUGAGAACCUGGCUGCGGGGUCCUCCCCUAAGGUGACCCCUGAUAUGCUGGAGCAGAGGUUUGCAACAAUGGACAAUUUGCUCCCCAAGGUCCUCCAGUAUGGUGAUAACAGGAGCCCAGGGCCUGCUGAUGAUGUUUCCAAGCCAUACUCCAAGGACUUUGCCCAGCAACGCAAGAUGCACUACAGUGAAGGCAAGGCUUUAAAGCCUCAGAAAAACCUGCCCUUGGAGGACAACAUGGCCGGCCAGGGGCCCAGUGCCAAUGUCAGCAGCAGUGGACAUCAGGUGACACUGAGCCCAGAGCCCCUACCUUUGCAGAGAAGCGAGGCAGCAGAGCAAGCCAGCAUUGGGGUUAAAGGCUACUCUACCUGUGGAAAUCGGUCAGUCCCAGCUUCGGGUCCUGUGACUAUGGAGCAGGGGAUGGGUCCAAGACGCAAGGAGUAUUUCAGCCAAAGAAGAUACUUGAGAUCUGACUUCCAUCCAGAGCUUGACAUGGAAGACGAGCAGCAGGACAGCUCAACAGGCAUGAUCAGGCAGAGGGAGAGCCCCCUAAGCACUGAGGUUCGCCUGCUGGAUUCUACAAGCAGUUCCUUAAGUGAUCGCCAGCCCGAGGAUUCCCUGACCAUGAUGGUGAUAUCUUCCCAGUCAGGAAUCACCACAUCAUCCCAGGAGAGAAGGUCACAAGUACCAGACUGGGUUCAAUGGCCUGGGGCCCAGGAGCUGAGCCCUCAAAGCCCGGGGAGCUCCAAGAAGGAACGCGGAAGCCACUUGGACCCCUCCAGCCACAGAAGGCAUAAAUAUGAAACUGCACGGAUUCAUUGGACCCAGAAGGAAGAGAUCUGAUGGCGGAAAGCAUGGCUGUCUGGGGGUGGGGUGCACCCCCUCAUCCCGCCCCAGCCCAGGGUAGAUAAUAAAGAGCAGAG